ACAGUUUACGUUACCAUAGAAAUAUAGAAAUUCCCAGCAUUCUAAACGGUCUUGGGCACGUGGUGAAGUAUGAGGCAGCUGAGAAGCUGUCUUUUUGCUAACGUUAUGCAGUGUUUCCACGGGAAUUCUUUCUGUACUCGGAUUGUAUUAGACCUGUGAUGUAGAUAAUGGUCUACGGGUGGUGCAUAAAGUGUAUUUUGGGCAAUGCCUUGGAAAUGUUGUUGUUGUGUUUCCCUCAAAAUCGGUGAUUUAUUGAUGAAAAGAUGGUGAAUUAUAGGCAGCGUAAUAAUAACAAAAAUUACAAUUACGGACAACAUUUAGUACAGAAAUGCAUAUUUUCUAAGUCAAUAUUGCCGAUUUUAGAUUUGGUGCAUUUGUUCCCUAUUUUGGAAGCAACAGGUUCAUAGCUAUGUUUUGGACUGGAUGUUAACAUAAUUACACCUUCAUAACAACAUUUCUGAGGGGUAAUAGAUACAUCAUUCCCUCUUAAGAGGAUCCGCGUUUUAUUUUCAGUCAUGUCCCUUCAGAACAGGCAUCCUGGUCUACGGCAUCGAGCCGGAGGGGCAUCAUUGCAGACAGCAAAGGUAGUUCAGAAUUCUGGUAGCUGUGAAGGACCAAACACGAUUGGUAGCAGUUUUCAACAGUGUCACGCGGCCGGAGACUGUUCCAAUAGUGAGACAAGCAUGGUGUUUAGGAGCACAGGGGCUUCUUUAAUUGCGAAUUCGAGAUGUGGAGUGUGUUGCUUUGUACUUGUAAUCCUACUAUCAUUUGCAACCAGAUUUUAUAACCUCUCUGAACCGGCCCACGUCUGCUGGGAUGAAACGCAUUUUGGUAAAAUGGGCAGCUAUUACAUUAACGGAACAUUUUUCUUUGAUGUUCACCCUCCACUUGGAAAGAUGUUAAUUGGCCUAGCUGGCUACUUGUCAGGCUAUAAUGGGACAUUUCCUUUCCAGAAGCCUGGGGAUCGAUAUGAGCAGCACAGCUAUGUUGGAAUGAGAGCAUUUUGUGCAUUCCUGGGAUCCUGCUUAGUGCCUUUUGCCUACCUCAUUGUAUUAGAGCUGACUGCUUCUUUACCUGCUGCAUUACUUGCUGCCUUCAUUCUCAUUUUUGACACUGGCUGCAUCACCAUUUCCCAAUACAUCCUUCUGGAUCCAGUCCUUAUGUUUUUCAUCAUGGGAGCUGUUCUCAGCAUGGCUAGGUUUAAUUCUCAGAAAAACAGGCCGUUUUCUGCCUCCUGGUGGUUUUGGCUCGCCAUUACUGGAAUUAAUCUUGGUGGAGCUCUAGGUGUGAAGUUUGUUGGAGUUUUUGUGAUUCUUUUGGUGGGACAAAACACCGCAUGUGAUCUCUGGCGGCUGCUGGGAGACCUUAAUAUUACAAUGGUUUCAUUUGGGAAGCAUUUGCUGGCUCGAAUGCUCUGUCUGAUUGUGGCGCCUCUCUGUCUUUAUACCGCAUUCUUUGCUGUUCAUUUUAUCACCUUAAACAAAAGUGGACCUGGUGAUGGAUUCUACAGUUCUGCUUUUCAGUCUCGUCUUGUGGGAAACACCUUGCACAAUGCCUCCAUGCCUGAAUAUUUGGCGUAUGGAUCCAUUAUCACACUGAAGAAUGUUCGGACUGCAGGUGGUUACCUACAUUCACAUUGGCACCUUUACCCAGAGGGUGUUGGAGCAAAGCAACAACAGAUCACAGCGUAUACUCAUAAGGACCAUAAUAACCUGUGGAUCAUAAAGAAGCCUACAGAAAACAUCGAUCCUUUGGGUCCUGUGGAAUUUGUAAAGAAUGGUGAUGUCAUCAGGCUGCAGCACAGAGAGACUUCAAGAAAUCUCCACAGCCACCAGCAUGAGGCACCAGUAACCAAAAAGCACUUCCAGGUCACAGGAUAUGGGAUUAAUGGAACAGGAGAUCCCAAUGAUUUUUGGCGGAUUGAGAUUGUAGCAAAAAAGAGCAGGAAUGAACGAGUUAAAGUACUGAGAAAUGAAAUCAAGCUAAUCCACAUGGCUUUGGGCUGUGUCCUCUGUUCUACUGGGAAGACUCUGCCAAAAUGGGGCUGGGAGCAGUUGGAAGUCACUUGUAGCCCAUAUCAGAAGGACACACCCAGUUCACUCUGGAACAUUGAAGAGCACAUCAAUCCAAAAUUGCCUAACAUCAGUCUUGAAGUGUUGAGGCCAUCCUUUUUGGAGAUCCUGCUGGAGUCCCACAUUGUGAUGCUAAGGGGCAACAGUGGACUAAAACCCAAAGAUCAUGAAGUAACAUCGAAGCCUUGGCACUGGCCUAUCAAUUACCAGGGCCUUCGCUUUUCUGGGGUGAACGAAAGUGAUUAUCGUGUUUAUUUACUUGGAAACCCUGUCAUUUGGUGGUUGAACCUCAGUACAAUUGGUCUUUACAGUUUUAUGGCAUGCCUGGCUUCUUUGUGCAUCCAGAGAGGAGCAGAAUUUCAGGAAAGGGUUCAAGAACGUAUAGAUGUCUUGCUACAGGGUGGAAGCCAGAUAAUGUUGGGAUAUAUACUUCAUUACCUACCGUUCUACUGCAUGGGCCGAAUCCUUUACUAUCAUCACUACUUCCCUGCCAUGCUGUUUUCCAGUAUGUUAACAGGAUUGACUUGGGAUAUUCUUCUGAAGAGCUGUGACUGGUUCCUCUCUCCACUAGUGGCAAGGAAAGUAUACAUUAUCUGUGUAGGUACGCUGAUCCUACUUUUUGCAUACAGUUUCUGGCUCUUCAGCCCUCUGGCAUAUGGAAUGAUUGGACCUCUUGCUCAUGAUCCCAAGAGUCCAGUGGCUGGACUGAAGUGGAUGGAAUCAUGGGAGUUUUAAGGAUUUAAGUUCACUGCACUAAGGACUAGUAGUCAGCUCAGCUUUAAAUCUGCCUGGAUCCCUUUUCACAGACUCACUUUCUAGAAGAACAAAAUGAAAAAGACUGAACUAUCUGACUUGCACAUUAAGUGCCUUUGUUAUGUUUCUGUUAUCCCAAGACGCAAGAGGGUGUGGUAAGGCAAAUUCAGCUGUAGCGUAUUUGUUUACAAUGGAAACCAAGUUUCCAAGAGUUGCAGAAUUUCUAUAAAAAAGCCGGUGGGACCACGCCUUUGUGUGGAAGCAAGUGAAAUCAGCAGUAUCCUCCUUCCUCAGUGCAGGAAUGAAGGUGUUCAAUUGGUGUGGUUCGUCAGUGUUCUUGGGUAGGGACAUUAUCUGGUAUGGUACUAUCAUCUUAGUGUGCCUUAUGAUACCCCCUUUUCCCACAUUUCUAUACAAUUUGUGCAACGUCAGUUUUAGAGGACAAGUCAGUUGCCUUCUUUAUAGUUGCCAUGGUAUAUAAGUGAUGCUAUAACAAUAAGUGGCACCAAAUGAAAAGACAGAGCUAGUUGCUUUUAUAUGCUGGUGCUACUCAGAAUAGAUUAUCAUUAAUGUGUGUGUUUUUUUAGGAUUUGGUUAAUAAGUUUGAGUUAAGCAUUAUUCAGCAAGUUUUUGCAGAUGAGACAUUUGUGCUGGAAUCCCCUAAAGAAGACAGACAGACUUUUUCUGUGUGUUAACCUGUAAAUUACAGCAAUUAAAAAAAACUCAUAUGUUGCAGUGUUUUUCUUAAAGCUUA